AACAAAAAAAAAAAAACAUUUUCUGGGUUUUUUUGUGUGUGUGUCUUAUUUCAUCUCACUGUUUCUGCAGACUGAAAAGAGAUGAUGAGAUCAGAUCAGUGACACACCAUCUGACCCAUCUAAUUAAUCAGAAAAGAUGCAUGGGAAAACACUGUCACAAAACCAGCAUGAAGAACAAGUAUGAGAUCUUAUUUGAGGGAAUCAAACUAAAAGAGAAUCAAACCUUCCUGAACAGGAUCUACACACAGCUCUACAUCAUAGAGGGAGAGAGUAAAGGGGUGAAUGAAGAACAUGAGGUUUUACAGAUGGAGAAAACAGCCAGAACACAAGACACUCCAGUCUACUGCAAUGACAUCUUUAAACCCUUACAUCAACCAGGAUGUGAGGAGAAAGACAAAAUCAAGACUGUUCUUACUAAAGGCAUCGCUGGAAUCGGAAAAACCGUCUCUGUGCAGAAGUUCAUUUUGGACUGGACAGAGGGAAAAGCCAAUCAGGAUGUAGAUUUCAUGUUUGUGCUUCCAUUUCGUGAGCUGAACUUGAUUAAAGAUCACCAGUACAGUCUUCAUAGACUUCUGCUGGACUUUCAUCCUGAACUUCAAGAUUUGGACUCCAAGAUUUAUGAGGAGUGUAAAGUUGUCUUCAUCUUUGAUGGCUUGGAUGAAAGCAGAAUGACACAAAUGUUUUCAGAUGAUGAGAAGGUUUGUGAUGUGAAUGAGUCUUCAUCAGUGGGUGUGUUGAUGUCAAACCUCAUCAGAGGAGAGUUGCUUCCCUCUGCUCUCAUCUGGAUCACCUCCAGACCAGCAGCAGCCAAUCAGAUCCCCUCAAAAUACAUCAACCGUGUGACAGAAAUUCAGGGAUUCAGUGAACCUCAGAAGGAGGAAUAUUUCAGGAAGAGAAUCAGUGACGAGCAUCAAGCCAGCAAAAUCAUCUCGCACAUUAGAAGAUCAAGAAGCCUCCACAUCAUGUGUCACAUACCCGUCUUCUGCUGGAUCUCAGCCACUGUGCUUCAAAACCUCCUGAAAGAAGAUCUGAGUGCAGAAAUCCCUCAAACUCUGACUGAAAUGUACAUCCACUUCCUGCUGACUCAGAUCAACACGAGGAAUCAGAAGUAUGAUGAGAGAGAUCCAGAGAAACUCCUGAAGUCCAACAGAGACGUGAUUGUGAAACUUGUUGAACUGGCUUUCAAACAGCUGAUGAAGGGCAAUGUGAUGUUCUAUGAGGAGGACCUGAUUGAGAGCAGCAUAGACGUCACUGAUGCAUCAGUGUAUUCUGGGAUUUGCACUGAGAUCUUUAAGGAGCAAUCUGUGAUUCAUCAGAGGAAAGUCUAUUGCUUCAUUCAUCUUAGCUUUCAGGAGUUUCUAGCUGCUUUAUAUCCGUUUUACUGCCAUGUAUUUAAAAACAUGAAGUCAUUGAAUUUCUUUCUGGAUAUGUGGUCCAGGUUCAAUGAAAUCUCUCUGUAUGAUCUCCUAAAAGCAGCAGUUGAUAAGUCCUUACAGAGUGAAAAUGGACACCUGGAUCUUUUCCUGCGGUUCCUGCUGGGGAUCUCACUGGAGUCCAAUCAGAGACUCUUACAGGAUCUGCUGACACACACAGAGAACAGCUCAGAGACCAUCAAGAGAAUCACACAGUACAUUAAAAAGAAAAUUAAGGGUAAUUAUGAAUGUCUCUCAGCUGACAGAUGCAUCAAUCUGUUCCUCUGUCUGCUAGAAGUGAAGGAUCAGACUCUUUACAGAGAGAUUCAGGAGUUUGUGAAAUCAAAGAAACACUCAGUGAAUCGACUCUCUCCGUCUUACUGCUCAACAGUUGCCUAUAUGCUUCAGAUAUCAGAAGAGGCGCUGGAUGAGUUUGCUCUGAAAAAAUACAACACAUCAGAUGAGGGUAGAAUGAGACUGAUACCAGCUGUGGUGAACUGCAGAAAAGCUUUACUUGCUGACUGUAAUCUCACUGAUCAGUGCUGUAAAAGUUUGUCUUUAUGUCUACAACCAUCCAACUCCUAUCUGAGAGAGCUGGACCUGAGUCACAAUGACCUGCAGGAUUCAGGAGUGAAGCUGCUCUCUGAUGGACUGAAGAGUUCACAUUGUCAACUCAACAAACUGAGAUUAUCUGGCUGUAUGGUGACAGAGGAAGGCUGUUGUUAUCUGGCUUCAGCUCUGAGUUCAAACCCCUCACACCUGAGAGAGCUGGAUCUGAGCUACAAUCACCCAGGACAAUCAUUAGUCAAGCUGCUCUCUGAUCCAAACUACAGACUGCACAAACUCAAUGUGGAUCAUGGAGGAGAGAUCAGAAUUACAGCAGGACCACAGAAAUAUGCAUGUGAUCUCACGCUGAAUUUAAACACAGCAAACACUCAUCUCACUCUGUCUGAGAGGAACAGAAAGGUGACACGUGUGGAGGAGAAGCAGCCAUAUCCUGAUCAUUCAGAGAGAUUUGACCAUCCUCAGGUUCUGUGUAGAGAGAGUCUGACUGGACACUGUUACUGGGAGGUUGAAUGGAGCGGGUGGGUUAAUAUAUCAGUGACGUAUAAAGGAAUCAGCAGGAAAGGAUGGAGUAAUGACUGUGUGUUUGGAUACAAUGAAAAGUCCUGGAGUCUGAACUGUAUUAACAGUUUCUCUGUCAGACACAAUAAGAAGAUCACAGAAAUAUCUGUCCCUUCAUUCUCUAACAGAGUAGGAGUGUUUCUGAACUGGUCGGCCGGUACUCUGUCCUUCUACAGCGUCUCUGACACACACACACUUACACACUUACACACAUUCAACUGCACAUUCACUGAACCCCUCUAUGCUGGGUUUGGGGUUGAUUUUGGUAGUUCAGUGUCUCUGUGUGAGAUUAAACAGCUUCCUGUGAGAAACAAUUGGGAGACACAGUUGAGUGAAAGAAACACACUCACAUGAUCAGGUUAAAUCAUUCCUUGACCAAUUUCAGUUUGCAUAUGUGGGAUUACAAAUUUAAGAAUCUGUUUAAGAUCUGCUGAUCCUACAUCCUGACAUAACAUCACAUGAAAUACUAAGGUGAAGUGCAUUGUUUAACAUUCUAAGGAGAUAAAGUCUUGCAGCCCAGGUGUCUGAGACAUUAACCUUUUGUCUUUAUGCACA